AUUAGAAUUAUUAUCUAAUCAGCUCUAAACAUCGAAUAAUCGAGCGAGAGUGAGGACAUUGGCCGAUACUUCCCCAAUCGAUAGACGAAUGCAUUCUCAUCACGUGUUGAUUAAUUGUACGUUAUUCCUUCCUCUGAUGAAUCGCCAAACAUCUAGGUGCCUUUGAGUGCAUUUGAGUCCCUUGUCAUUCGUUGUGUCCAUGUGCGCGUUGUGUCGUACACUACAGAUCGAUCUCACUGGCUCCGGGAGUGUCAAAAGUCUCGUUAUGAUUUUUACUGACUGCUGAGAAAAGACUUGUGCCGAUUUUAGCCGGUUAUUCAUCUGUCCAUCAGCUGAGCCAUUUUAACAAGCUCUCGAGCAAAAUGCAGAGUGUUAUUAAUUCAGUGAAAGGCACUGCUCUAGGAGUUGCUGAGUACCUAACCCCAGUACUCAAGGAGAGCAAAUUCCGUGAGACAGGAGUGUUGACACCAGAGGAAUUUGUGGCAGCUGGUGAUCAUUUGGUGCACCACUGUCCCACCUGGCAGUGGGCAACAGGAGACGAGGACAGGACUAAAUCGUAUUUGCCUAAAAAAAAACAGUUCUUGCUUACAAAGAAUGUCCCCUGCAGUCGAAGGUGCAAACAGAUUGAAUACUGCGAUGAACAGGAGCGUAUCAUCGAGGCUGAUGACCCUGAGGGUGGGUGGGUGGACACCCACCACUAUGACGCUAGUAUUGGAGGAAUUGACGAGAAGGUUUCUGAAAUGACGUUAGAUGAUAGUCAGUCGCCAACAUCAGGAGCUCCUGACGAUAACGAGGACGAUGACGACGAUGACGACGAGGAAGCAGCUGAUAUGGAGGCUUUCGAAGUCAGUGGAAUGCUCGAUGAACAGGACAAGUACGCAGCAGAGAGCAGCAAAAAACCUAUGAAAGAGAAACGUGAGAAUUUUCCGGAGGGGGAGAUUAUCCACACGAGAACGUACGAUUUACACAUAACAUAUGAUAAAUAUUAUCAGACUCCGAGAUUGUGGUUAUUUGGUUACGAUGAGAACCAGAAGCCCUUAACUGUCGAGGAGAUGUAUGAGGACGUCAGUCAGGAUCAUGCGAAAAAAACAGUUACGAUGGAAACACAUCCCCAUUUACCUGGACCACCGAUGGCAUCUGUUCAUCCUUGCAGACACGCCGAAGUCAUGAAGAAAAUCAUAGAAACGGUUAUGGAAGGCGGUGGAGAACUGGGUGUGCACAUGUACCUUAUUAUUUUCCUGAAGUUCGUGCAAUCGGUCAUUCCAACAAUCGAAUACGACUACACUCAGAACUUUAUGCUUUCCUCGUCAGGCUAAAUUGGAAGAAUUUCAUUGUGUAUGUGGCUAUCUGCAUGAAGACGAGAUACUAGAUUUCUGCAAAAUGAAGAGAAAAAUUAUAAUGGACACAUCGAAGGAUACAGAAAUAAUUUCGUCGCGCGGAUGGCGGGACAUUCAGUCGAUAUCGACGAGCAAAUUCAUCGUUUCUCGGCGAAAAUACAUUUUUACGGAUUUUUACCAUUCAGCAUUUCCCAGCAUGAAUCAUUGGAUGUGAUUUCCUAUCUAAGAACAACUUUUUUAUCUUCUGCUGUGAUUUAGGAAAACACGUGGGUUCAGGGGAAAAUGACAGACUCGUUUUUAAGUAGAAUAAUGUUAAAUAUUUUAUUUCAAGGGGUGUAGAAGUUGAUUAUUCAUCUAUUAAUCAUUCAUUUACCCGGAGAAGACCGCAAUUGUGACAGAAGAUAUCAGGAGUUUAUUCGUAAAUUGGUGGAUUUCAAAUUCCAAUGAAAUUUUCUCUGGCAUUCUCCCCAAAUCCACUCGCAGCUCAGAUCAAUGUUCAACAAUAUGUGAAAAUAGCCUUUUCAGUUAGGUUUUUCCAUUUCGCUGAUGUCAUCGUCUCACACCGCUUCGAUAUGAAAAAUGCUGCUCACCAUUAAGCUUGAAAACACUUAAUUUAAGCAUUUAAUCGUGUUUAUAUUUGAUCGCAGCCCUUAGUGACACGUAUCAAAACAUUGGCAGAAAAAUCUUUCGUUUUUUGCAAAAUUCUAUUGAAUUUAUAUUGGAAUUCUACUAUUCUAUCGUAAUCCCAUUAUAACUACAGAAUUCUGUUGAAAAGAAGAUAAAAAUCAUAAUCUAUUGACUUCCUUUCUAUUAAAUUCCUCAUAAGAAAAUAAUACCUUGAAAUAUCAAAAAAUACAUUUCCCACAGAAUUAUUAUCGAGUUCCAAUAGAAAUUAAAUAGUAAUAUUCUUAAAAAUUUCAGGUUUUCCUAUCAAUUUUUUCCAUACGUUUUCUGCUUUGUAAUCAUGGACAAUGAAUUUGAAGCCUCGUGCCACAUUGUUGAAAUAUAUUUUUUUUUAUGAAAUAGAAUGAUCGAAUUGAAUCAAAUAAAGCUCUAUGGAUCAAAAAUCA